CUCUCACGACGUGCAGCAGGAAAUCAAAUGCACACAAUCAAAUUAACGGAACUGCAAAAAGUUCUGCUGCGAAAGAGGAGCGCCGGCGAAGAAAAAAGAAGUCCGCGAGCUGCGUUCAAACACAUCAUUGGCGUUGCUCUUUCCGCCGGUCUCCUCUAGAUUGCAGCACCUAGAGGUCAUCGUCCUUCCAAGCUAAACAAAAGUUCACCCCAAACUCACACUAGGUCUCGACACCUCACUGUCAACAUAACUGGAAUAGCACUGCUUCUUGUUAGUUAUACCGAUUCCAACACCCAAAGGAAGCUGUAGAUAUAAGAAAAUGUCUGACAAAUACUUGAAAGGGAAAAGUAUUGGCUUCGUGGGAGCCGGGAAUAUGGCUUGGGCUAUAUUUCAAAACCUGCUGAAAAAUGAUGCACUCAAUGUGACACAAAUAAUAGUGACAGCUCCAAGCGAACGAAACCUUGGAAAGUGGAAGGAGGCUGGCGCGAAAACCACCACAAAUAACACAGAAAUUUUCAAAACCUGUGACAUCAUAAUUUUGGCCAUGAAACCCCAACAAUUCAAAGGAGACUGGAAAGGGGCUCUGACCUGCUUGAAGCAGUCAAAGGAGCAAAUCUAUCCAAUCUACAUCUCAGUGCUGGCUGGAAUUUCUACCCAGAAUGUCGAAAAAAUUCUAAAAGAAAAGAACUGUGUCGAGUCGACUCCCAGCGUUGUGCGGACAAUGCCAAACACCCCAAUGAUGGUAGGAUUUGGCGCCACCGUCAUUUGUCCUGGGAGCAAUUGCGACAAGAUCUGCAUUGAAACCACCAAGCUGAUCUUUGGAGCCGGAAAUUGCGUGGUGGAAGAGGUGUCGGAGAGCUUGCUUGACGCAGCAGGAACACUUGUUGGAUGCGGUCCUGCGUUUGUUUAUCAGUUCAUUGAGUGCCUGGCUGACGGAGCCGUGGCUCAAGGUGUGCCAAGGGAUCUCGCCAACAGACUGACUGCGCAAAUGGUGAUGGGUGCUGCGAAUAUGGUGCAACAUACUGAAAAGCACCCUGGUUUGCUCAAAGACGAAGUGUGCAGCCCUGGGGGAACCACCAUCGCUGGAAUUCAUGCGCUUAGAAGAGGAAACAAUUUCGGAGUGGCAAUCAUGGACGCGAUUGAAGCCUCUACAACUAAGAGCAAACAACUGAACGACUGAAUCUCAUGAGCUCUACUCAACAUUAAAUUUGUCUUUUUAUCACCGAUGAAACAUAAGUGUGUAGCACCAAAAUGUUGGAAAUAAAUCUGUUCAUGAAACCUA